AUGCACAAGGAUGCCCACAAAUUCAUAGCUAGAUGUGAUAAGUGCCAAAGGAGUGGGGGCAUAACCAAGCGUGAUGAAAUGCCUCAACAAAAUAUUUUGGAGGUUGAACCCUUUGAUGUAUGGGGGGUCGACUUUAUGGGGCCUUUCGUUUCCUCUUGUGGCAAUCUCUAUAUAUUGGUGGCGGUGGACUAUGUGACCAAGUGGAUCGAAGCUAUAUCCUUGCCCACCAAUGACCACAAGGUUGUGCUCAAGCUUCUAAAAAAGAUCAUCUUCCCAAGAUUCGGGGUUCCAAGAGUUCUUAUUAGUGAUGGUGGUUCUCACUUUGCCAAGAAACAACUUGAAGCUCUCCUCAAACGCUAUGGGGUUCAUCAUAAAAUCGGCCUACCAUACCACCCCCAAACUCAAGGAUAA